AUGGAAAAAUCACUACCCGCAGAACACCAUGAGGAUACAGAACCAGAGAAAGUCGUGAUCGAGUCUCCUUCCAGCGAAGAAGGCACCUAUAUCGUCGACCCUAUCGAGUAUGAAAAGCGCAAUCGACGCCUGAAUCGGCGACUCGACAUUCGCAUCCUGCCCCUCUGCUGCUGGGUCUACCUGCUCAACUUUCUCGAUAGAGGCAAUAUUGGCAAUUCCAAGGUGCUCAACUCGGAGACCGGGGAUGACUUGCUUCAGCAGACCCACAUGACGGCCAAUGGCUACGCCGUCACCGUCUCCCUCUUCUCGCUCGCCUACACAAUCUUCGAGGUGCCUAGCAACUAUGUCAUGAAGCAUUGGGUCCGGCCGUCGCUGUGGCUGGGGUUCCUCCUGUUUGCGUGGGGUGCAUUGACGAUCGGGUUCGCUGGUGUGCAGAACUAUGCGACGGUCGUGGUGUUGAGGUUCUUGAUUGGUGCCUUUGAGGCCGGUUUCUUCCCAGGUAUCGUCUACUUCAUCACGAUCUGGUACCGCUACAACGAGCGCGCCGUCCGGAUCGCCUGCGUCGUCGCCUUCUGCAACCUCGCCGGCGCCUUUGGAGGCGCGAUCGCCUACGGGGUGGGCCACGUCAACGGCUCUGCCGGCCUGGAGGGGUUCAGGUGGCUCUUCAUCAUCGAAGGCAUCAUCACGCUGGUCUCGGCGUCGUUCUUGUUCUUCCUCCCCGACUAUCCCGCCCGAGCCAAGUUUCUGAACGAGUCGGACAAGCGCUUCGCCGAGGACCGCUUGAAGGAACGAGGCGGCGGCUAUCUCAGGAGCCACGCCUCGAGAAAGGAAGUCCUCGAGACAUUCUUCAGUCCGAGGAUGUUGGCGCAUUACAUCGCAUACAAGGGAACCCCUAAACCAACAAAGAAAGCUGACUCCGAUGCGAUGGUGUAUGACCAGAUCGCCGACGUCGUCCCCCAAGGCUCAUUCACAUUCUUCACGCCAACCAUCGUCAGCGGGCUCGGCUACACGUCGAUCCACGCACAGCUCCUGACGGUGCCGCCGUGGUGCGUGGGCUUCGUCGUGGCCAUCACGCUGUCGUACUCGGCGGACCACUUCAACGCGCGGGGCGUGCACAUCACGAUCGCGUCGCUGGUCGGCGCCGCAGGGUGGCUGGCGGCGGGCCUGCUGCCGCCGGACGCCUACGCUUCGCGGUACGGGUGUCUGUGUCUGGCGGCGUGCGGGGCGUUUCCCGUCGCGCCAUCCAUGGCCAACUGGGUCGCGUGCAACACGCCCUCGCUACUGACCAUCCCCUUCGCUAUCGCCCUCAACAACAGCUCCGCCGGCAUCGGCCAGAUCAUCGCCCAGUGGAUCUGGAAGGCCGACGAGGCCCACAAGGGUUACCCGACGGGCAACUUUGUCUGCGCCGCCUGCGGCUUCUUCGUCGCCGCUAUGAGCGCCGGCCUGAGGCUGUGGUACGGCCGCAUGAACAAGAACGGGGUAAGGGACGCCAGUGGAGCAGAGCGGAUCUGGGUCCUGUAA